UUAAGCGAAGGGGCCAUCUUUCAAGCAGUCUGUAAACAAGUGUCAGUGUUGCUAAACAAAGUUACCAACUGCAUUGUUUGAUUUCAGACGUAAAUUCGAUUGGAUUUUUCAGGGAAGGAAAAAUGCAACCAUGCUGACAGAACGCUGGCUAUAGUUGUACUGACUAACUGUAAAACUACCAAUACUCACAAGUUUGAGGUCAUGAUGAUGGAGGAAUCUUCAGAUGAAUCAGCAGAGAUAAUAACUAAGGAAGAAGCUGAACUUGCUUCCAGGAUGCAGGAGGACACACAGACUCUUGAUGAACUGGUCUCUAAACCUGACCCAUCAAUCCAGUCACCAGGGGGAGCUAGUUUUGGAGUCAGUCCCCCUGCUCCAUUGCCAGCAUUCAUGAAUGUCAGCUCUAAUGAUUCAUCACAAACACCAAGUACAGGAAUACAGAGCAUUGCUAGUGGAGUGCCACAACAGUUAACCACAUCCAGUCCAUCACCUGUCACAGUUACACAGGUAUCAGCUCCAGCUCCAGUGGCAACACCAUAUGAAGUAAGCACACAGAUUCCUGCGGAGAUGGUCCCUGACUCACCAUCCGACAUUCCAGGGGGCAGCACUGGGCUGUUUGGCUGGUUCUCUGGAAACAGAAUAGUAUCAAAAGUCAUGGAGAAAACUAAGAAUUCUGUGGAAAGUAUGAUAACCACUCUAGACCCAGGAAUGAAAGAAGUUAUUCGAUCUGGAGGAGAUGUUGUAGUAGUGGUUACGUCAACAAAAGAAACUAAAGUUGGAGCAGUACGAGAGGCAUUCCAGACAGUGUUUGGGCGUGCAACAGUCCUAGGAAUGGAAAGUCAAGCUAACACGGCUGCCCAACCUGUAGGCUUUACAGCUGGUCUCAAAGGAGCGGAGGAACGGAUACAGAACAUACGUCAUAAAGGAUCACUGCCAGAAGGUCACCCCAUAGUGUCUGUGGAGGGGUUUAUUGUAGAGAUGUUACCUGACAGGUGGUAUGAGAUCAGCUGUCUACUUCUUCAGGAUCCUUCCCAGCACAUAGAACUGCAGAUGUUUUCUCAACCAACACCAAUCCCUGCAGAAUACAUCCUGAAAGCACAAGAUGCCACACCCUCAGACUACCCUCAACGUUGGUCGGGCCUCAAAGUGACCAUUGGUCAAGUGAUUGAACAGUCUCAACCUCACAUUGGACAUGCAGAUUGGCAGAAUGCUCUCGUUGGUGUCAGUAGGCGUGAAUCAUUAUUGAUGGCAGCAAAAUCCCUUGCCUAUAUGUAUAAAGAAAGACUACCGACAUCAUUUGUUUCCUGAGAGAUCUGUGUACAUUUUAGGUGUUGACAUUAAGGCCUUUUCGGUUGGUCUUGCCGUAUGAUAGGAGAUUCCAAACAUUAACUGUGAUCCUGUGCUAUUCUCGGUUGUAAAUAAUCUGGUAUGAGAGGUGAUUUCUGUGUGAGGAACCAGGUAUAUUAGCUCUGAAUAUAUAUAUUUUUUAGAGAUUCAUACAUAAAAAAAACUCAGUAUGAAAGUGUGUGUGGUUCAUCCUGUACAAGUCCACUUGCCAUGAUAUUACAUUAGUUAUUACAUUGUACUCUGUUGGAUAUGGGGCUUUAAUCUUGUGGAGAGUGACCUGGUAUUACAUGUUGACCUUCUGUUAGCCUUUCCUUUUCUUUUUUGUUCUGUGCUACAUUGUCCUCUGUCGUUGAUUUUAUGUUGUUUUCAUCUCAUCAUAUCUUGUGGGAUUCCUUUCAGUCAAUAGAUCACAUGGAAAAGCGCAGACAUUGUAUAUAUAGCUAAUCAGAGGGUUUAUUAAAUAGACCAGUUUCUUAGCUUACAUACAAUUGGAGUGGGGUCUCUAUUAUGCAUGUGUAGAAUAGCUGAUGUCUUGUGUAAGAAAUAGACUCUGACUGCUAUGUAUCAACUGCUGGUUGUUAACAAGGAUUGUAACAAAUGUACUAGGGUGGUGCAGUCCCUGCCAACAUACUACACUCGACUUUCACCUAGAUCCAAUAUCGAAAGGUAUGGGGUGAUCUGCUGACAAUGUGGGGUUUUCUCUGGAUUCCUCCCACAGUAAGACCCCUCGCACGCUUCCAUCCGGGCCAACAAGAGUGAUUAAUGUAAACGGUGAUUCACAAUUGUUGUAAAAUAAAUAAAGUUAAAUUUUAUGAGACACAACUGAAUAGAAAGUAUGGUACUUCAUGUCUUUCUGUCAUACUUCCUGUACAAUGUUUCCUUUGUCUUUAGUAGGGCUUGUUAAUAAUUUGUUUGUGACUGAUCAGAUGAAAAAACAUAUGCCUUUGAUUUUAAUUGUUGAAGUUUUUUUCACUAUUUCUCUGGAGGUAAACUUGUACAUAUUCAAUUUUGGGACUGAUCAGAAGGAUAAAAGUACAGUGACAUUUUGUCAAUAUCACCUGUUUGGAACAGGUGAGAGGAAAGGGGAGAAAGAUCUAGCAAACAUUGUACAGAUGUGGGCACAGAGAUCCACCUGGGAUCUCUGGUAUUAACGUUUAUUUAUUGACAAUAAAAAUAGCCUGUGUUUAGUAGUCUGUUGAUUUUCAUUGUCGAUAAUAAUAUCAUUUGUUACACUUCAGCUAAUUUAUUUUCUGUUAGGGCAGGGUUUCAAUCAUCCCAUACCUUGGUAUUCAAUUUUGUUGAUCUACAAUAUAGCAACAUUAUUAUCAACAAAUUAGCCAAACUUAAUAUCAUUAAGAAACAAUAAAAUUAUGUGCAUGAUUAUUCAUCUAAAUAAAUGAAGAAUGAUGA